AUAAGAGGAUACUCCAUACCAGGGUUAACCGCGAAGGUGGUACUCACCCUGUUUGCCGACGAUACCACGGUCUAUCUGAGUAGCAGAGACAGCUACAGAGACCUCCAAGACAUACUACGGAAAUGGUGCUCCGUAUCAGGCGCGAAAUUCAACCUCGACAAGACGGAAGUAGUACCUAUGGGGUCCCCGGAGCACCGUGCUUGGGUAGUCGCGAAUAGAAUGCUUCACCCGGACGACGAGCCCUUUGGAGCACGAACGAAAAUAGCAGCUGACGGGGAGGCCAUCAGAUCUUUAGGCGCAUGGAUUGGGAACAUUACUGACUAUACGGCACCAUGGCAGCCCAUCCUCGAACAGGUUAGGAGAGACUUUGACCGUUGGGAAAGGAGCAACCCCACAUGGUGGGGCAAGAGGCAUAUCGUCCAAUGGGUAAUCGGAGGACGUACACAGUUCCUGGCGAAAGCACAGGGAAUGCCGGUCGACGUGGUGAAGAAACUCCAGAGAAUGGAAAUGGACUUUGUUUGGGCGGGC